AUGGUCACUAUACAGUGUGAUUUAUCCAAUCAAGUGGAGAUGGAGAAGACCCUGUCUUUGAUAAAACGAAAAUAUGGCGAACGAAUCGCGGUCAUUAUAAAUAAUGCAGGGAUGAGAAUGAAGUAUCAAAAUUUUCAACAUUUAGACCAGAAUGAAUGCAUGAGGGUUUUCCAAUUAAACACAUUCAAUGCUGUUCGAUUCAUGCAAUCAUUGGUUCCGGAGGAAAACAGCAAUGAUAGGCAAUGUUAUAUUGUGAAUGUGGCGAGUACUUUAGGUACACUGACACCUGCAAAAGUGGCAGGGUAUGGUGCUAGCAAGUCUGCAUUGAUAGCGUUCCAUCAGUCAUAUAGUAUGGAAUUGCAAACUAGGAGGGUAUCUAAUAUUCGCACGCUGUUGGUGGUUCCUGGACAACUUAAUACUGCUAUGUUUAGCGGAUUUGAAGCACCAAGACAAUUUUUCGCUCCUGUCGUGGAAAUUGGUACCUUGGCAGAUCAAAUUGUUCAGAAAUGUGAGAUGGGGGAGAGAGGUGAACUUAAUGUACCAUUUUAUUCAAAUUUUGCUCAUUUAUUGAUGGGUAUGCCUUAUAUGGUGCAAAUUUGGGCUAGAAAGUUUGCUCAAAUUGACAAUUGCCUUCCUGACGAAGAAUAA